AUGCAUUUAAUAUCCGAGAAGUUAAGUUUCUUGUAUAGUACAUAUGUACUUGCAGUAGUUACUAUAGGAUAUGUUUUGGGAGAAUUGGGUCAUUAUCUCAUAGGAGUAACAUCAAAACAAACAGCCAUAGAAAUCGGAUAUGGAGAUCAUGCAUGCCAACAGAACAACACGGAUUUGGAGAGGCAUAUACUUCCCGUACAAUGCGCGGCCGCGAACCAGACUGAUGUAUGUUUAUCGUUAAAUUACAAUGGUACACCUUAUUGUGAAUGGAAUUAUAAUGGAUUGGGUUUGGAAUACCAGCUACUUGCAGGACCGAGUUUUAUUUUUGUAUUUACUGUGAUAGGUGUGAUUUUAGGAGUGGCAGCAGACAGAUACAAUCGUGUAAAAAUGUUAGCAUUGUGCACAUUAGUCUUUUCACUUGCUAUUAUUCUACAAGGCGCUGUCAAAGAAUAUUGGCAACUUAUUCUUCUUAGAAUGAUCAUGGCUGCUGGUGAAUCUGGAUGCAAUCCACUGGCUACAGGUCUGCUUUCUGACAUAUUCCCAGAAAAAAAACGUGGGUUAGUUAUGUCAAUUUUUAAUUGGGGAAUAUACGGUGGUUAUGGUAUAGCAUUUCCAAUUGGAAGAUAUAUAACUCAAGCAAAUCUAUUUGAUUUGGGCUGGCGCAUUUGCUAUUAUGGCACUGGAAUAUUAGCUCUGAUAUUCGCUGUCUUGACAGGCACAACCCUUAAAGAGCCAGAAAGAAAAGCAAUUGGAGAGGAAAAUCACACAGAUCCUGAUGCAAAAAAAAUGACAAUAUGGGAUGUUAUUAGGCAACCCAGGAUUAUCCUAUUAUGUAUCGCCGCAUCACUCAGGCAUUGCGGUGGAAUGACAUUUGCUUAUAAUGCAGAUUUGUAUUAUAAUAAUUAUUUCCCUGAUGUCGAUCUGGGGUGGGCUUUGUUUGGUGUCACAGUAAUCAUAGGAAGUAUUGGCGUAGUAGUGGGUGGAAUAGUAUCCGAUAAAUUUGUUGCAAAAAUGGGUGUAAGAUCACGAGUUGCAGUCUUAGCUCUGAGUCAAUUGAUUUCUACACCAUUUGCUUUUGGUUCGAUAUACUUUGAACCUUUGUGGGCUAUGAUAACUUUAGGAAUAUCAUAUUUUUUUGCUGAAAUGUGGUUUGGAAUUGUAUUUGCAAUCAUGGUUGAAAUAGUGCCUCUCUCAUUACGCUCAACCACAGUAGGAGUAUUUCUUUUUGUCAUGAAUAACAUAGGUGGAAAUUUACCAAUUCUUGUUGAUCCAGUUUCAAAGUCUAUAGGUUAUCGAGAAAGUAUAUCAUUAUUUUAUGCUGGAUUUUAUGGAAUCAGCUCAGUACUUUUCUUGAUUACAAUGUUCUUCAUGGAAGGACCAAAACCUGCUACUAAAAGUAAUGAUGUAGGACAUGAAAAUGCUAUCUGUACAACAGCUGAUGAAACAGGUCUUCCAACUUUACACCAAAAUGGAGUACAAACAAAAUCUACUAUAGAAUCAAGUCAUUUGUAA